CGAAUGCCGAGUUUGGAGUAUUCGGUUUAUUGUUUAGCGAGUGUGUACGUCGGACAUCGUGUUUAUUUUUUAUUUCCGCUUUUAUUUAAAAUUUUAUAUAUCUCUACCUUUAAACGCGUUCCUUUUUAAGACAAUGCUGACAAGUGCGAAAUAAUAUUGUGUGACUUUAGUGGUGAAAAGUGCCUUUUUGGAACCUGUUUUUUAAUUUUUUCAACCAACAGGAUAAGGAACGACAGUGACGCUGUUUUGCGUGCCUCGUCAGAAAAAGUCUGGGCAAGACGAAAGUCGUGAUGGGAUGAUCGGACUGCAAGAGUGCGGACCAGUGCCGCCAAGGGCACCGCUCUCAACGAAUAGGGUUCGUGAGCGGACAGCACAGGCCGUCGACUAUUACAAUACCCAUGUUCACAGAGCCUGGGCCAACGCAGGUCUGUCAGCCUCCAGAUCUUCGUUUAACGACCGCCACGGAUCAGAACGCAAAAAACCGACUCCUAUAAUUUCUGAGGUACUGUGCCGUAGUAAUUCAAGUCUAGAACUACUUGAUCAGAACGGAAAACCGUUUAAAUCAAGUAGCCCCACGCUCAGAAGGGAGUACGGGAGUCACGGAUCCAUUGACGUUAUCGACCGGCCAGUGGUUGGUGUCCCUGGUAAAAAUGAGUUUUUUGAGAUGCUACAAGAUUACCGUCCGGCGGUCUUAGGAGGAACCGAUCAAAGAAGUCCGGGGCCCUCUGAGUAUUUAAGAGGCAAAGUAGAUUCGGAAGAAGUUGUUGACGGGAACUCGCAUGGGGGGAAUUAUCCCCAGAGUCCUAAAGUGAAGUCGAAACUUACGAGAUUCUGGGGCAAUAACACAAGUAUUUCAAAUGGCGUUACUUCAACAAACAUGAUAAAAUCAACGCGACAAACCAUGGAUGACAGCAUUGUCAGUACCGCUUCGUCGCAGAGUGUAUUUUCCCAAGAGUCUGAAGAAAUCUCUAGAAGGAGGGCAUUCGCUCACUACGAUUGCCAAUCUUUAACCACGAAUCUUAACUAUUCGAUAAGAUUAAGGAGAAAUCAUUUAGCCAAAAGACGCAAUACAACGACAGGAGCUUCUGCAGCUUCUAUGCUACUGAAAUCUUCUACACCUGAUGGUGAUGCAGAAGACGAUGUAGGUGAUGGUCAAUCCAAUGAAUUAGUUGAAAGCUGUCCGUUUUUCCGUAAUGAGAUUGGGGGAGAAGAGGAAAGAAUUGUUAGUUUAACCAGGUUGCAAAAUGGCGUUAAAAGUCAUCGAAAACCUCUUCAUAAACCACAAUUGGCUUAUGGAGUUUCUAUAUUGGAGUAUCCUCCAGGUGAAACUCAUUGGAGACAUUCUACUUGUCCGUACCAAAAAUUUCCAAGGCCUAUUGAAAACGUUGAUCAAGGAGCGUUAUAUUAUAGAAAAUAUUUUGCUGGACAUGAUCAUCAAAACUGGUUCGGAAUGGACGAACAAUUGGGUCCGAUCGCGAUAUCAAUAAAGCGUGAGAAAGUUAUCCAUCCUGAAAAUCAGCUUACGACUACGCUUACCCAAUAUCAGUAUAGGUUAGUUAUUCGAACCUCUGAGCUACAAACUCUUAGAGGAGCUGUGUUAGAAGAUGCCAUUCCGAAUGUAAAAGCCUCGAAUAGUCCAAAAACCCUCAAUACCAAAGAAGUCUUAGAAUAUGUUACGCCUGAAAUACAACUUAGCUGCUUAAGGCUUGGUUUAAAUAAUCAAACCACCGUGGAUCAAUUGCUUAAAUUAGAUGAGCAAGGAUUAACUAAUAAUUAUAAGGUGGGAAUAAUGUACUGUAAAGCAGGCCAGUCAACAGAAGAGGAAAUGUACAAUAACCAAGAUGCCGGACCAGCAUUUACAGAGUUUCUGGAAACUAUCGGUAAAAAGGUCAAACUUCAAGGCUUUGAUAAGUAUAAAGCUGGAUUAGAUACCAAAGCGGAUUCUACGGGUUUUUAUUCUGUAUACGCCCAAUAUCAAGAAUGUGAGAUUAUGUUUCAUGUAUCUACGAUGUUGCCAUUUACGCCAAAUAACCGACAACAACUUUUGAGGAAAAGACAUAUCGGCAAUGAUAUUGUUACGAUCGUAUUUCAGGAACCUGGAGCGCUUCCUUUUACGCCAAAAGGAAUAAGAUCACAAUUUCAGCACGUAUUUAUAGUAGUAAAUGCUAUAAAUCCGUGCACGGAAAAUACACACUAUAAAGUUGCCGUUUCUCGAUCGAAGGAAGUUGAAGUUUUCGGACCACCUAUUAAGGAAGGAGCGAUUUUCCCCAAAGGCAAAACCUUUGCUGAAUUUUUGUUAGCUAAGAUUGUUAAUGCAGAGAAUGCGGCACAUAGAUCUGAAAAAUUCGUGACAAUGGCUACUAGAACGAGGCAGGAAUAUUUAAAAGAUUUGGUGUCGCAUCAUUCUAGUAAUACGCCUGUUGAUACUGGACAAAAAUUUUGUUAUGUUACAGCAAUAUUCAGCAGCAAAAAGAAAGACAAAGUCCGUCCAAGAUUUAUACCAGACUUAUGCCAAAGAGGUGCCAUUUUAUGGCAGGUUUUAUUAGAUGAUAGCGGUCAAGGGCAACAAAUCGAAUGCUUCUUAGGUAUAUCUUCGGACACAUUUGUUCUUAUUGAAGAACAGAGUAGACAAAUAGCAUUCGUAACUCCAUGUAAAAGUAUACUGGGGUGGUCAUUACAAACGAACAGUUUACGAAUCUAUCACCACCAAGGAGAAUGUAUGACCAUUCAUAUGAGAGACUCGCAUGGAGAAACCGAUGAAUUAGUUGAAAUAAUGGCUCGACUCGAGGCUGUUACUUCAGGACUUAAAGCCAAAGAAUUUUCUAUUAGUCGUAAUAUUAUGGGUCAAUUGGGUUUUCACGUACAACCCGAUGGUAUUGUAACGUUAGUCGAGAACCAAGGACAAGCGUGGCAAGCAGGAUUAAGGCAAAAUUCUAGAUUAGUGGAAAUAUGUAAGGUUGCAGUGGCCACUUUAACAUAUGACCAAAUGGUGGAUCUGCUUAAAACUUCAUUGACUGUUACUUUAACUGUGAUACCUUGCCUCCAAGACGGAUCCCCCCGCAAAGGAUGUACAUUACAAAAUUGUAAAUAUAACGAAACAAAUUAUGAAGGUGACUAUGAAAGCAUGGCAACCAAUUUGCAAGAAGAAAAUUCGCGACGUCCUCCUCAAAUCCAACAAGCAGUGUCUGGAAACCAUCGAAAGAUUUAUGAGAGAAGUUUUUCUCCUCCCAGGAGUAGUAACAGCUCUGGCUAUGGCACUGGAAGCAGCAGUAAAUCCUUUCACCGUGAAGAGGAGAGAUUUCAUAGUAACGGUGUCGAGGGUAUAAUGCCUGGUUCAUCCAGCGCCUAUUCAAGUGACGACAAAUGGUACGAAAUCAUGCAGGACUUAGAGCCACCACCUGUCCCAACGAAACCGUGCAAUCCUAGAACACCACAACACUCAAAUAACACAUUCCCAUGUUCUCCAAAAAGAAGUAACCACCAUCAGACAAUUGUCCAGCUUCCUCCUACAUCACACAACCACUAUACAGUACAACAUAAUAAAAUUCACUUUACGAAUAGCCUGCCACUACAGCAUGUUAAUUUUCAGCAGCCUUUGAGUGCUGCUUUACAUGGGAAUAACAGUGAAUUAGACCUAACAAGGGAAAUCUACAAAAGCGAAAAAAAUAAUAUUAUGAAACAACAUAAUGAACGGCUGAGGCAGCAGGACAAUGCGGAUUAUUUACAAGUAACCAGACCACCAAAAGUAGCUGAAUACCAAACAUCACACGAAGGAGACUACUCGAGAAUUAAUUUAAAUGACAAUGUGUCCCACGACAGUUCUAUCAGUGAUAGAAUUAAUUUGCUUGGCAGUGAGGAUGAGUUAUCUACAGGUAGUGGCGGUCAUUCACCACGUAGUCGUCGUCCAGUACACCAACCGUCCAAUCAUAACCAAAGAACUCAGAGUCCGCGUUCAUUAAACGGCGAGGCUAAACUACGCCCAGGUGUAAGUUCACGCUCCGCCGCUAAUCGCAACAGCGCCAACUUAUCCAGUAAUUUUCAAGAAGAACUCUUAAGGCUUAUUAACCCUGAUAACAUCAACAUAAAUUCUGAGUCCACAAACGAAGAGUUAUUUAAGAUUAAUGGUAAAACUGGUGGAUCGUCAUCAUCAAGAGAAAAUCUUAUGAAAUCCACUAAAAAUAGUUAUUCUUCAUCUUCAAGAGAAAACUUAAACUUAAAUGGUUUGAGUGUGGCGCAUUCUAAAAAUCAACCGGAGGUAAUUCUGACCAUGGCCAGACCUGCGACUGUGAUUUCUAAUGCCAGUACUAACUCGAGCCCUUUGCCGGGGGAGUUUCGAGUUACGAAAGAUGAUACAUUACCUUCGCCUAGUAAAAAUAAGGUGGGUAUUCCAUUUACGGACUCAAUGCCAUUAAACGAGGACAAUGAUUGGCCUAGUUUGGUAGCUAAUUUUAAUAGAGUUAUGUCAACACAAAUUAAUGGAGACGACGAAAAAGUAGGAUCGAAACGUUGCUGGGAUGACGAGUUGCUUGGAACGCAACGUUUGGACUCGCAUUUGUCUAGCUCUUAUUCUAUUCCAGACCAAACGAAGCAAGUGGCGGAGUUAAGUAGAAAAAUUCAAACUUUGGAACGGGAAAAUCGUCGAUUAAGAGAUGAAAACAAGAAGGUGAAAGAGCAAGCUCAAGCUGCCGUACAACAACUAAGAAAAUUUACUGAAUGGUUUUUUAAGAAUGUUAAACGACAAUGACAAUUUAAUAUCUUUUAAUAUGGUUAUUUAAAUGUUAUACCUGGAUAAAUAACAUAAUAUUGUUUAAUAACUAUAUUUUAAACAUAACGUAGAUAUUUUAUAGCUAAACAAUAAAUAGUGCACUGUUUUAAAGUUAAAUAUGAAUCCAAAGACAUUGAUUAUAUAGGCCUUAUAAUGAAAGACUUGAUGAAAUUAAAUAGAAAGAAUACAUAAGACCAAUCAAACAAAGUCGCUUCCAAAAAUUUAUAAACAAUAUUAGAUGUAAGUAAACCAGUAGCUUUAAAAUACAUUUUUAAAAGUAUUAUCCUAUAUUUUGUAACAUAUAUUUUACAUAUAACUACGAGUACAAACAGUUUCUCUUUUUGUUAUUCUUUAGGUAUUUAUUUUACUUAAAUACAAGUAUUACAUAAAAAUGCAAAAGUUACCAAAUAAUAAUUAUAUUAAACAAUAAAGUUCUUUAUGGCUUAUUU